AUGCUGUUUGCAAUCACUUGCGCUCUGAUCGCACUCAGCCAAUAUGUUGCUGCCGAAGGUGAACUUUGCCCUGCGUCGCUGGACUUAGAUCUACAGCUAACUGAAGAACAGAGGAGAAUAUUCCUUAAUGGCCACAAUGAUCUUCGUAGACGAAUCGCGCACGGUACACAAGCAAACAAGAACGGACUCCCGAGUUUGGGACCCGCAAAGAACAUGUAUGCCCUCGUUGGAGAUGCUCAAAUGAUAAAGAAAAAAGCUGAAACAAAGUUGAGAAGAAAUGCGGAUGACAUACAAGAAGAGAAAGAUAGGAUACAGCGCCAAUGGGAUUGCUUCAAUGAAGCCCUAGCUCAAGAAUCUAUGGCCGAAUGCUCCCUAGAGAAUCCAGUAGAUGUUUCUCGCAACAUGAUCCAGAUGUCUGAUUCCGCCGCUCUUAGCGACGACAUUUAUAUGUAUCUUGCGAUAGACCAGUGGAUAUCGCAGGUGACGUACUUCGGCAAGAAGAACCCCACCAACGUUUACGAUGGAACGCUAUGUCAAUUCACUAACAUGGUACAUGCGAAUACUACAACAGUAGGUUGCGCCUUCAAGAGAUGCAAUGGCAAUGUCUUAGUCACCUGCCUCUACGAUAAGUGUGGUACCAAGGAGAAAUUGAUGUGGGAGAUGGGCCAACCCUGUCAGCGCGAUGGCGACUGCACUACAUUCGACGACUCCAAAUGCAAUGAAGGUCUUUGCGAACUCGAGGAGGACCCCUACAGCGACUAA